AUGGAGGCUUCGGGCCAGGCCAGGAGGUGCUGCCCAGAGGCCACGGGGAAGCUAUUCCCCGGGCUCUGCUUUCUCUGCUCCUUGGUGACCUACGCGCUGGUGGGUGCCGCGCUGUUCUCUGCCAUUGAGGGUGGUCAGGUCCUAGGGGCAGAAAACCAAGAGUUUGAGGAGUUCUUGGAGGGUCUCUGCAGCAUCUUGGAAUGCAAUGGAACAGCCAUGAGAGGCAGGAAGGAGAAGGUCCAGGAGCAUCUGCGGAAGGUGAAUCCCCAGUGGCUCAGCAGGUCUGCAGACUGGUCCUUCCUGAGCUCGCUCUUCUUCUGCUGCACAGUGUUCAGCACCGUGGGUUACGGCCACAUCUACCCCGUCACCAGGCUCGGCAAGUACGUAUGCAUGCUCUACGCUCUCUUUGGUAUUCCCCUGAUGUUCUUGGUCCUCACAGACACAGGUGACAUCCUGGCAACCAUCUUAUCCACAUCUUACAAUCGAUUCCGAAAACUCUCCUUCUUUACCCAUCACCUCUCCAAGUGGUGCUCCCAGCUGUUCUGCAGGAGGAAGCCUGCCACCAGGCCUGCAGAUGAAGCCAUCCCUCAGAUCACCGUCACUGCUGAAGAGCUCCCAGGCCCAGCACCCAGCAAGUGUCCUUCAGCCCCAAGCCACAACCUGGAACUGUUCGAGAGAUUUCUUGCACAAGAGAAACAUAACAAACUGCAACUGCCCACGCAGGCCAUGGAGAGGAGCACCUCGUGUCCCGAACUGGUGUCGGGGAAACUCUCAUACUCCAUCAUCAGCAACUUGGAUGAGGUUGGGCAGCAGGUGGAGAAGCUGGAUGUUCCUCUCCCCAUCAUUGUCCUUGUCGUUUUUGCCUACAUUUCCUGUGCAGCUGCCGUCCUCCCCUUCUGGGAGAAACACCUGGACUUUGAGAGUGCCUUCUAUUUCUGCUUCGUCACACUGACCACCAUUGGGUUUGGGGAUACUGUUCUAGAGCACCCUAACUUCUUCCUCUUCUUCUCCAUUUACAUCAUCGUUGGCAUGGAGAUUGUGUUUAUUGCUUUUAAGUUGGUACAAAACAGGCUGAUUCACAUCUACAAAAAUCUCUUGCUAUUCUUUGCAAAAGGGAAGUUUUACCACCUCAUUAAAAAGUGA